AUGUCGUUCCCACAGCCAGAGAAGAGUGAGGGGUUCACACUCGUCAUCACCACGACCGUACAGCCAGGCAAACUAGACGAGUUUCUUGAGAAUUUCUGGCAUGUUUUCAAACUUGUGUCAGCCGAGCCAGAGUGCCUGAGCUUCGAGUUGUUCAGGUUUCCAGACGAGCCAAACAAGCUCAAGUGGGUUGAGAAUUGGAGCAAAAGCAAGGACUGGUUCCUGGAGCACCAAAUCACUAAGGACUAUAUGAAGCCAUACACCGAGGCGACUGAUCACCUGCUCAUUGGCGGCAAGCAGUGGGAAAUACUGGAGCGAUUCGGAGGUGAUUGGGCUCGUUCCAAGGAAGGUGCUUACAAGCAGUCUUAA